AUGAGGCCCAAAGACCAGCUACCUGCAACGGAACAAUCAGCAGUGGUCUACAGCAUACCUUGCCAAGAUUGCGGUGCAAGGUAUGUUGGUGAAACGGGCAAACGCCUCUGCACAAGAUUGCACGAGCACCAGCUUGCAGUCAACCGCGAGGAUAAGCUGUCACUGGUAUAUGGCCACAUACAACAGGAGAAGCACAGUUUCGCCUUUGGGGAGGCGAGCGUCAUCGACCGAGCGAGCGACAAGAUGGCCAGACUGGUUCUCGAAAGUUGGUCCUCAGUUGACACAAUAAACAGAGCCAUUGAUCUUCAUCCGGCCUACCAGGCCCUUCGUACGAGGCUCCAGUCAGCUCGGACGGGGCCGACAGCACUGGCGAACAAAUCGCGGCUCUCUCAACAGUUGUCACCUUCCCAGCAGGGGGAGAGAGCCAGCCGGGUGUCAGACGACCGACGCGAGAUAUCGACCCACCGACGCGCCCAAACAGCCGACCCCGAUUCUUACAUGCAACGGCAGCUGAUCAGCCCGUCAAAUUAUGGGGGGAGGGCCCAAGGGCACACGGACCUAGCAGCGACAACACCGGCCGGGCAGGGGGCAGAGGUCACACCAGCGCCCCAGCGGUCGGCCACGGAGAGACCUAAGCCAAUCCCCCGCCAGCAGGCAGGUCAGAGUUCAUGUAGCAGGCAUGCCUAUAACACGAGACAGGCGGCGAGACAGAACAACUCUGAGCUAGCAGGAACAAACACCCUACCACUACUCUGAUGAUGGAAACGAGGAAGUUUCCGAAACGUCAGCACCAAUACAGUGUGGUCCAUGGCAUCGCCUCUUUUUCUUCUUCGUCUUCUUUUGGGGAUGAUGAACGGGAUAUACAUAUAUAUAUAUGUACAAAAAUAACCUGUCUUGUACUCUUUCGGUAGUAAAUUUUGCCAUAUUUAAAGCUUAUACUUACGUAACGGGCAUUUUACGGUUAUAAAAACCCUUUCAAGUUCCUGAAUAAAUCUGAACCCGACCCGCUACUAAACUCGUAUUCAGGAUUUCCCGCCUGCAAUAAGAAUAUUUUACCUAUCAGAAAAACCAUACACUUUAUAGACUAUAAGGAGAACGUCACACAUUGCUCAAAAAGACAUACGACGGGUGUAAACCGUGUUGUAUACUUCAUAAGCAGUAUUAAUGGGUGAAUAGACACGAUGCUUAAUAAAUCGACGUCUCUUAUUUUAAAACAUAUCAUAAUUAGAAGCAUUUUCAAACUAAAAACUAUCGUUUAGGCAUGAAACCCGAUGCAGACAUAGCUUUCUGCCACAGAAAAUAAUAUUUUUGCCUUUGCGUAUAUCCAAAUGCGCAACGGCGUCGAAAAUCAUUUGGAAAAGUCAAUACCAUAUAAGAAGUCCUUUUUUACAGACUCCAUUAAGUAUAUCCGAAUGCGCAACGGCGUCAAAAAUCAUUUGGAAAAAUCAAUACCAUAUAAGAAGUCCUUUUUACAGACUCCAUUUUUUGCAGUCUGAAUGGAGUGCUCUCGAGAGCAGGCGUCCCGACCUAAUUAAAUUAUCUUGGGAUUUGGUUUUACAGGACUUCAUGCUACAACCCAACUUUAGUUGUAUUUCGGAUUAAGAGUUGACUUGAGAAUUUCGAUCACCAUUUCAUAAGUUUCUAAAUUAUUGCAUCUCUAUGAUAAGCGACCCGCUGACGCGACAAUAUGGUGUAAUCUGCGGUCUAGUGACACAAUAUUCAUCAGCCGUGCCAUGUAGAAUCUACCGUAAAAAGGAGGGAAGACUACCUUAGCACUCCCCGCUGCACAUGCCAAAUGUAUGCUGCGAGGCAGGACACAUCUCAUCGGAGGCUAAUAUUGCUGUUGUGCCCUGUUUGGAGCUGCAGUCACCUCUCACAGAAAGGUCAUGCGCAGGGAAAAAUCGGCCGAUGUUUGUAGGAUCCCAUGCCGCAAGUCCCCCUUCCAGGAUAGAGUUCUGGCUACAAAAAGAGCUCAAUUUACAACGGCAGAAACACAAACUCGCGGUUUUUGGGGGUGAGUCAAUGACCCAAACGACUGCUCGUAAAAUAAAUGUACUCAUGUGCCUUCAUGUGUUGCCACUCGGAAGGUGGCGCGUAACUGUAGCAUAACAGGUCGGAACUGCCGGGGGGGGGGCUUUGAUCCCUGAUGGCAGAGGCAUAAACCGGCCUAUCAAGCGCUGCUUGCCGAGGAUUCACUACCCCAUGGGCGUAACCCCGUUGCCUGCCAGGGAUGUAUGAAUUUGAUAGGGUGUAGAUUCCUACAAAAUAGUCCACUGUUACCACCUCUCUGAUCAAGCGUAGGAAGUGCUGUUAGCCAGGCAGCCUAGUUUACAGGACAUAAGUUAACUUUUAAAAUUUCUUCCUUAAGGAAAGACGUCAAUUAAUUGCGAAGGGGAUAGGACGCAGGCAACUUGCCAUCAAGGAAUAUCAAACCCGGUUCUGGUAACAAGAGAGUAGUGGUAGGCUGGAGAAAUCAGAGGAAUAUUCCACCCUGUUGCCGGUAGGUUUCAACUGCCCCGGUUCAGCUUUUGAUCAUCCGACGCGUUUGUACAUUUUGUGAAUGCUGUCCGGUUCACCUUGAUUCCAUUUGCGGAUCGAGGGCGUCAUUCGCCUGAAGUUUCGGAUUCACAUUCGAUCCAUUAUCAUAGAAGGGACCAGAUAGAUUUGAUUUACACAAGUGCUGCAUCUAGUAAAUAUGUGGAUGAAUGUGCUGGUAGUUCGCGUUUCUUCUUCCCCGAUUCAACUUCAUGUACAAUUCUUGUUCAUUUAUAUCAUUUUACAUUCUUUGCGCAACCUUCGUCGGUAAAAUAAACAUAUUCAUAAGAUAAUACCUUUGUGGCCGAGAUAAAGUUCAUAUUCAUCCAUUAGCAGUUUAUUCUUACUCUUGCAGAAUAUACCGUAUCUCCUACCUUGCUUAAGGACCUCAAAACCGGCCACUGCUCAAAUCAAGCUUCCUCUGUAAGGUUGUCCUGUCAGCUGUUAAACCCUCGACUGGCCUACCUAAUUGGGACUUUAAAGAAUUUUUUUAGUUGUACUCUAACCAUAAUGGAGGAGUCGAAUUUUUGGAAGUUAUGAGUGGCUUUCAUAUGACGUCUGAUAUUCUCAUUGAUGAAUUCUAUGCUCCAGUAGUUUUCCUUUUAAAGAUUUUCCUACAGCACUUUGCGUAAAAUCAUUGAAUGGUCUUAUUUCCAUUAUGUCAGUAAGCAAAGUAGAAGUCUACCAACAUUUCUCAAAAACUUCUCUUUUAUGAAUGAUUUUCUCAUUCCUCUGGCCAACCACAGAAAUCCCUUCAUCAAUAUUUUGAGCUGUCUUAAAAGUUCACAAUGGGGAGAAUCCUGUUGAAAAAAUCCAUCGUUCAAACAACAAGUGUUAUGACUCAGCACACUUUGGUAACCUUAAAGUUCUUCUCUUUCAUUGAGUCAGUCAUUUGGUUGUUCAGUCUGAAUUAUCUAAUAUUCAUUGUACUUGGUGACGGCGGCUUGCUUUUUCACUUAAAUGACGCCAAUGUUGUAAAACAAACAGAAAAUCUGUUUUGCCGACGUAACGCACUGUUAAGGAAAUUCCUACAAACCAGCUUUCUGCCCUUAAAACCGUAUUCAGACUUUCAGUAACCCUGUUUACAGGAGUGCCGUCAAUCGAUCGCGAUUUUUAACACCACGUUCGUUCUUCGGUUGCAGAAAGCCUGCUUUUUAGGAAUUUUAAAUUGGCGAAUAUUCCUUGGACGGCACCAUGCCAACAGGCAACCAAUGAAAUACCGUGUGCAUUCGAUGAUCUCAGAAAGAUCUUUCGGUAGAAUAAAGACGUUCAAUUUUUAGGUCUCUUUCUGUUUUUUUUUUAAUUUUUCUUUUCACUCACUGUUAUAGAACUCAGCUUUCAUAUGCUCCUGUCUGAAUACAUCAAGAAAUACAACUCGUAUUUUUUCGUUAUAGCACUGUGUUCUGCCGGUGGCCAUUCUACAUUCUCAACUGCGGAUUGAGCCGUAUCAAGAUCGCAGUUAAAUGGAAUAAGUUUGGAACGUCCUCGAAGGAUUUGGAGGGUUCUUGCUCUCUAACGGGAAAUCAUAACGAACGAAAAUUCAUUCUUUGUAGCCCGCUGAACUCUUCACUGUGAUUUGCAUUCCCUGUUUUUCUUUCAGAUAUCGCAUUAACACGCAGCAUCCUCAUUUAGAGUUAAGAAAUUUUAUUAGCAAUCUCGAAGCUUUUAAUAUUUACGCUCCAAGUUUUAGAGAGUGGAAUUUAAACCAAAGACACCAAAGCAUUUGCCCGAGUUACACAAGGACAGCCAACCAGAUAGGCAAGAUAGGAUACCUUCUUUUCUCAACUUCAUUUGUUGCCAACGACACACUUUAUUCACCCCUUUUCAUGGAUUAUGCAAAAAGCAUGCACUUUAAUGUGCUUUCUUAACUUUUUGGUCAUGCAACACUCUACUUUCAGCUGUUCUUAUUGUUUAAAAUAAAGAUUUGUGAAAAUACCGUAAAAAUCAAUGGUAUAUCUGCGACCAAGCUUUAUCGUUUGCACUAAAAUUAUCAGAAUUUUGGUCGAAUGAGUCAGCCAGACACAAACGUGGGGUGUUGAUAUGGAAAUCUGGGACACUUUAAGAUAUAAGAACAUAUUACAGUAAUCCUACUGGAAUUUGCCUCCCUGAUAAACCUAAACUGAACACCCGCAAUUGAGAAAGGGUGGGAGUCUGAGCAAGUAAAAGACUGAGAAACUGUAGCGACCGAAAUUCGGAAGACAAGGGCGCUAACACGUAAAUAUCAGCUAUGCCCAGUUAAACAGCGGUACAUGGAGUUAAUCUGAUAACCCGAGGAUGAAGAGGGGGAUAAGUGUGCAGAGCAGAUAAAAUUGAUAAAAUAUGAAAAAAUGGCCAAAAGAUCAAAACGUGUGGAGUGGAACGUAAAACCAGACAGUUUUGGUUAUUUAACAUUUAAACCGAGACGCCGACGUGAAAACCAUGGAAGCGGUGCGGUGGCAUGUUGAAGUGAGGAACGUUUUGCGUUACAACGUAUGCUACUCCCUAUAUUUAAUUAAAAUCACCCUAUAACGUCUUUGUUAACUGUCUCCGUCGGACGUACACAUGCGAACCAGUGAAUUCUGACUGAAGCAUAAACUUUGUUUACGUAUUGUUUGGCCCAUUUCAGUACCACGCAAUGAUUAUUUCACGAUUUUGACACGGUAUACAUACACUGACACAUUCAUACACUUUCGUGUUAUUAAUUACCUACCCUUCUUUCAAACUUGCUUUGCGUAUUUCUUUUUGUGAAAUAAAUAAUAAUUAAUAAGGAAUUCAAAGGCGUUCGCCUAACUUUCCCUUAAUAAACUGAACUGAACUGAGCGACCCAGAAGGUGGACACACACCUAACAGAACCCUAACACCCCCGGCUCCCGUUUGUGGUAGAUAUGCUUCUACAGCAGUUUUUAUCAGAGGUCCGUGACAGCUUUUCCCCACAACUCAUUCCGGAGUCUGGCAUGUUGCGAAGAACACAUUUAAAGAAGAAGAUCAGGAAGAUGAAGAAGAAGAAGAAGAAAAAGAUGAUGAUGAUGAUGAUGAUGAUGAUGAUGAUGAUGAUGAUGAUGAUGAUGAUGAUGAUGAUGAUGAUGAUGAUGAUGAUGAUGAUGAUGAUGAUGAUGAUGAUGAUGAUGAUGAUGAUGAUGAUGAUGAUGAUGAUGAUGGAGAGGAAGAUGGUGGUGGUGGUGAUGAUGAUGAUGAGGAGGAGGGGGGAGAGUAUGAAGAAAAAGAAGAUGAAGAUGAAGAUGAAGAAGAGGCAGAAGAAGAAGAAGAAGUAGUAGUAGUAGUAGUAGUAGUAGUAGUAGUAGUAGAUGGGGGUCGAGCACGGGGACAUUUUGUUUAUUUUUCUGAGCUUUCGAACUCGUGCAGGAACCCGUCGUCAGAUAUAGUAGCAGCAACAAAACAAGCAACUGUUAUAGGGUCUGUUAGCCAAUCACCGACUGGCGGUGAAAGACUAAGGUUGACUGCGCAGGGCUCUGUACGCCGGCGCCAGAUCGAUAAAUCGAUCGACUGAGUUCUCAUCCGGGGCCCAGGCUUCAAUCAUUUCUCGGCCUCUUUUGUUUUCGGCGUGGGCGGCCACCUAAAAUAAUGCGUUACCUCGUCGCACAGCCGCUGCUCGACCCCUCCCCCUCUUCUUCUUCAUUUAUGCACACACCUGAAAUUUAAACCUUCCCCUUCAUUCGUGAACAAUACAUCUGUUGAAGUUGUAUACCCGAUGCUUUAAUAGUCCCCGAAGAUCGUGCGCAUGACUUUGACGUAAAACGUCUAUCGCGCUGGAGUACUUACUUUGCUGUUUGGCCCUUGUUGGUUUAUCUCUCCAUUUCAAGCGCGAAACCGAACUGGGGUGAACGAGGCCAUCCCCCAGUCCGGGAGGAGGGGGGGGGGAGGGGAAGUUCAUCUUCCAUUCUCAGUCCAACGGGUUAAUCAUACUGUAAGUUUUUGCGCUCAUAUGACGCUGGUACGUUUCUUAAGUAGGUCAUCCUGUAGAAAUAAUCGCAUAGGUAAACUACUUUCGGUUAUUUGUUUUUGGAAGACGGGUCUGGACUGGGUCAUCUGUUAAAAACCCUGGCGCUGAUCUUGUCAUAUGGACGAGGACGGAUGGGGUCAAACAGCAACUUCGGCGACUGGCAGUUGAAACUUCACCUAUCUCACCACUCUCCUUUUUAAAUGAAUAACAGGAAAUAAUCUGGUGGCGCGCUCGUUUCUAUAGGGACAUCCACGCUAGGGAUGCACCCACGUUAGAUGCAAUGCGAAAACUUACGGUAAUAUUAAUUCCCAGCGUUAGCAGUAAAAAAUAAACGAACCGCGAACUAGUAGGGCUUAAUAGUUGAAGUCUAUUCUGCCUUUUUCUAGGCAUAUAUUAGGACUGCGCCAAAUAACCUUAGGGUCUACUUAUGAACCCCUUCCAGAACUUUAUAUUAUGUCCGCGGCUUUCAGCCAACACUGAAGAGCGAGCUUUGGAUGGCGGAACAAACGUCCUGCAUGGUAUCUCAAUGUUUAGCUCGGUCGCAUGCGGAAUAGCUUGCGAAUAGAGUGACGCCUUCAUCAGUUGACCGGAUCUUGUAAGUUUGCUUGUGACGAUGGGAGUACAGGUGAAACGAUGAAUCCUUGGUUUGUAGAUGACCGGCUUUACGAACUAAAUUCGUCGAUUGACGCUAUGUACGCAUUUACUUAUAGAUCCCUCCUUGGGGACGCAAAGCAUUUCAAACUCAACUAUCAUAAAGUCUUCCGACUUUCCCUGGUUGCUUUAGCAACUGUUCUCAGCCUAAAGUUCCGACAAAUUCUUUCUUGAGACGUGGACCAAAUGCAUCAAUCUUCCACGUUUCAAGUCAGUGUUGCGGAAGUUAAUAACUACGGUGGUGUGCAUAAAAUUCCAUCGUUAGCUAAACACCUCGGAAAACGUACGUUUUAAUCACAUUUCUGAUUUUGAUCAGACUAAUCAGUUUCUGAGCACGCUACGCAUGCAAUUUAACCUAAAAACUCUUGCAUGCGUGUCUUCUUGUCUUUUUCCACCUUAUCGUUACUGUCCUAAAUGAGCUGCGGUUAGCGGAAGUCACCUAAAGUAGGUGUGCGAACUCAUGAAAUGUCAACCGAAAUUUCGAAAUGCGUUCUCGUUUCGAAAAGAUUAAUUAAGCAUGAUUGUAAAACUAAUUACCGUUCAGCAUAAUUCUAUAAAGAUCCAGUUACCGGAGGCUGCCGGCUAUAGAACGAACUUAUUUUCGGCUGCAUGAAAAAACAGCACUUUGCCAAAAAUGACUACUAAAGUAACAUAUGACUUUCUCAUAGAUGUUUAAUGCCCUUAAAAGUUCAAUUAUAUUUCAUAAAAAAUGCAUAAAAAUACUCAUCCUUUUAGUUAUUCGGUAGAAAAUAACGUCUUCUUUCAAUUUUUUUACUCGAAUGUAGAGUAUGAUUUGGUUUAGGAAAAGUUUCUCUUUGUGAGAUUUUUUUAAUGCCGUGAAAUGGCCGUUCGUAAAAAGUCAUGUAUCAACAUUUGCCGAUGUGGCUUAUAAAGUUAACUUUAUUGCUCAGAUUUACUGUUUAAUUUUAUGAACCCCAUCUAGUCUCUUCCUAAUAGCGUAGAGAAAUGCAUGGUCUUCCGUACACGGAAAAUAUACGUCUUGUAGUUUUAAAACCCUGAAACCCAGCAGGUUGAAUUCAAAAUUAUUCGAUAAUUAGGAACGCUUAUUUUGAAGCCGAACUAUACUCUUCUUUCGAAUAUAAAAUGAGAAGGAAACGUUAUUUUCUACCGAAUAAGUAAAAGAAUGAAUAUUCUUAUACAUUUUUUGCGAAAUAUGAUUUUACUUUUAAGGGCAUCAAAAAUCUAUGAGAAAAUUGCAUGUAACUUAGAUAGUCAUUUUUGGAAAAAUGUUGUUUUUGCAUACAGGCGGAAAUAAGUUCAUUCUAACGCCGGCAGCCUGCGGUAACUGGAUCAUUAUAGAAUAUGGCUGGACGGUAAUUAGUUUUACAACCAUACGUUAUUUAUUUUUUUCGAAAUGGGAUCGCAUUUUAAAAAUUCGGUUAGCAUUUUUUGAGUUAGCCCACCUACCGAACUUUGGCCUUCAUAAAACCUUCGGCAAGUUACCGUGUAAACGUUUUUUAGUACAACUGCAAGCCCUCGGCACCCAGAUACCCCCUCUCUGACCUUACUAGUUCCUGAUUGUCCAGCCGCUGUUAGUCACUGUUUGUAAUUGCUACUGAAAACCUCAACUGAGCACAAGUGCCGUUCUUUAGUGCACAGUUCCGAGUUUGUAGCCCUUCCUCCCUUGCUCUUAUGACAUGUCCGCAGUAGUCGGGAAUUCGCUAAAGUUAGUUUGGCGAUGGCCUCAAAUCUGCUUAUUCAUUUUCAAGGGACAAUGGAAAUGUUUACGCUGCAAAAAUCAUCUUCGAUCUUCAUUACCUAUGGAUAUUGAUUUCUACUUGGCGGACGGAAAAUUCUUCUCCCAACUAUAGUUUCAUAUCUUUUGACCCCGCCAAACUUUCUGUAGACCGUAUUCCCACGAACGCUGUCCAGAUAUGUGAUUCCAUAUCGCAGACAUUUGUCUCCAACCGAUAAUACACGUCUCGUCUUUGCCGUCCUGGAGUACUGGUGCUUUAUCUCCAGGUAA